AUGAUGGACGUCCCAAGUGUUCAGCCAAUCGCGCCGGAUGUUGGAAAGAUAGCUGGGCCCUUGCUGAUAGGGUAUAUGCUGACCUGGGGUCUCUACGGAGUUCUCUUCGUACAGAUGUACCUAUAUCACCUCGCAGGUUCCAAGGAUUCAGCCCUAUUCCAGCUACUCGUGUGCUCGCUCUAUGCAUUCCAGUCGGCACAAACCUUCCUACUCAGCCAUUCAGCAUUUGCGACAUUCGCGUCGGGAUUCGGCCGGGUGGACCUUAUUGAUGAUAUCCAAUAUACCUGGCUCGCUAUCCCAGUAAUGACUUCCGCAAUGGCAUUCGUGGUUCAAAAUUACUUCGCCCACCAAAUUUACAAGUUGUCAAAGUCCAAGACUAUGCCAUUCCUUAUCUCGUUGCUUUCUACGACACAGCUGGCAGGAGGGAUCGCUUCGGGGGUCAUUCAACAUGAUGUCCUUAUAUUCUCGAAAUUUUCAGAAAGAAACGUAUUGAUUGGCACAGGGAUCUGGAAUUGUCCUGCCGUUCUUUGCAAUAUCAUUCUCUCCGUCUGUAUGGCGCAGCAGCUUCUGAGAAACCGUUCGUGGAAAUUAGCUCCUGCUCAAACCCCACUUUCCAUCCGGCUUCUCGUCCAGUCUGGUGCCGUCGUCGCCGUCCUCGCCAUUCUUAACCUGAUUCUGUCCUUCCUCCCUGGCGAACCUCCGCCAACGUACUGGCAAGCAACAUCCUGCAUUCUCGCUGGCGGGUACACCAACACCUUUCUCGCCGGUCUCAACGCCCGUAUUCGGAUCUGGCACCCCGACUUUACGGAAGAGAGUUACUACCUCGACAGCGCAUCUAAUUACCAGCACACGGAACCGCGGCCGACGAUACGGUCAGCGCUGGUGUUUGCGCUGGACUCUCGCGGUGCGCUGGAGCAAGAUAUGACGAGGUUCGAAGAGGAAGAUGAGCACUUGCGGCGUUAG